AAUUAAAAUCCCAAAUUUUAAUUUUAAAAAAUCCGGUAAAAGAAUCCGACCCGGUAACCCGACAUGGCAGCCUAUAGAGUGGAUGACGACUACGAUUAUUUGUUUAAGGUGGUGUUGGUCGGAGAUUCCGGCGUCGGGAAAUCGAAUUUGUUGUCGAGAUUUACUAGAAACGAGUUUAGCCUUCAAUCUAAAUCCACAAUCGGUGUCGAAUUUGCCACCCGAAGUAUUCGGGUCAAUGAUAAAAUCGUUAAGGCCCAGAUUUGGGACACUGCUGGACAAGAAAGAUACCGGGCAAUUACAAGUGCAUACUACCGAGGAGCUGUUGGUGCCUUGCUUGUCUAUGAUGUCACUCGACGGGUCACGUUUGAGAAUGUUCAGAGAUGGCUGAAGGAACUACGAGAUCAUACAGAUUCUAGCAUCGUGAUUAUGCUCAUUGGUAACAAGGCCGACCUGCGACACUUGUUUGCCGUUACCACUGACGAUGCUAAGGCCUAUGCCGAGAGUGAAAACACCUUCUUUAUGGAAACAUCUGCCCUCGAAUCAACAAAUGUUGAGCAUGCAUUCACUGAAGUACUAACUAAAAUACAUCAUGUGAUCAGUCGAAAAGCGCUCGAAGGAGGGAAUGAUCAAACAACAUUGCCCAAGGGACAAACCAUCAAUGUCGGAUCUCGGGAUGAUGUUUCAGCUGUGAAGAAAGACGGCUGCUGUUCUGCAUAAUUGUUAGAUGAUUCCGAGUGUCCAAAUUUACUUCCUCAUUUAGCAUAAGCUUUCCUCACCGUGAUCUUUUUCGAGAUCUUUCGUUGAAGACGAAGAAAUCACAGCAUUCCAGGUAUUUUCUUCAUUCGGUUUCGGUUCCUUUUUCAUGGUUCUUUAGGGUAUUUUUCUUCUCAUGUAAUGUUCCAUUCCAUAGUUUUUGUUGUAUUUGAUUGCUUUAGGAUACAUAGUUUGGUCAGACAGAUCUAGUUUUAGUAUUUUACAUGACUUUCAUUAGUUGUGGAGAAUAAAUUUUAAAUUAGCUAUCAUAA